AUGUUACACCACUCUGUCAAUCUCUGGAACCUGGCGUUUUAUGCCCUCAUGGUCUUCAUGGCCACCCUGGGGCUAUGGGACGUCUUCUUCGGCUUUGAGGAAAAUAAGUGCAGCAUGAGCUACAUGUUUGAGUACCCGGAGUAUCAGAAAAUUGAACUUCCAAAGAAACUGGCAAAACGCUAUCCUGCUUAUGAAUUAUAUCUUUAUGGAGAAGGGUCCUAUGCUGAAGAGCACAAAGUUCUCCCUUUAACGGGUAUUCCUGUUCUCUUUCUUCCUGGUAAUGCUGGAAGUUAUAAGCAAGUUCGUUCUAUUGGCUCUAUUGCACUUAGAAAAGCCGAAGACAUUGACUUCAAGUACCACUUUGACUUCUUUAGUGUGAAUUUCAAUGAAGAACUGGUGGCACUGUAUGGUGGAAGUCUUCAGAAACAGACUAAGUUUGUGCAUGAAUGCAUUAAAACAAUUCUCAAGCUCUAUAAGGGUCAAGAAUUUGCUCCAAAAAGUGUGGCAAUAAUCGGUCAUUCUAUGGGCGGCCUUGUUGCAAGAGCAUUGCUUACACUGAAAAAUUUUAAACAAGAUCUGAUCAAUCUUCUUGUUACACAAGCCACACCUCAUGUUGCUCCUGUGAUGCCUUUAGAUCGUUUCAUUACAGAUUUUUAUAUGACUGUAAACAACUAUUGGAUUUUAAAUGCCAGACAGAUAAAUUUAACCACACUUUCUGUAGCUGGAGGAUUCCGGGAUUACCAAGUCCGUUCAGGACUGACUUUUCUACCAAAAUUAAGCCAUCAUACCAGUGCCUUAUCUGUUGUGAGUUCAGCAGUGCCUAAGACAUGGGUCUCAACAGACCACCUCUCCAUUGUGUGGUGUAAACAAUUGCAAUUGACUACAAUUCGAGCAUUCUUUGAUCUUAUUGAUGCUGAUACUAAACAAAUAACUCAAAAUCCCAAGAAGAAAUUGUUGGUUUUGAAUCACCAUUUUAUAAGACACCCAGCAAAACACUUUGAGGAAAAUCCAGCAAUAAUUUCUGACUUAACAGGGACAUCUAUGUGGGUUCCAGUAAAAGUGUCCAAAUGGACAUAUGUGGCUUACAAUGAAUCUGAUAAGAUAUAUUUUACAUUUCCCCUUGCAAAUCAUAGAAAAAUCUACACUCAUGUCUAUUGUCAGAGCACCAUGCUGGAUACAAAUAGUUGGAUUUUUGGCUGCAUAAACAGCACUUCUAUGUGCCGGCAAGGGGUUGAUUUAUCAUGGAAAGCUGAACUGCUGCCAACAAUUAAGUCUCUGACGUUAAGACUUCAAGACUAUCCAUCUUUGUCUCAUCUUGUUGUUUAUGUACCAUCUAUUCAUGGAAGUAAGUUUGUUGUAGAUUGUGAAUUCUUUAAAAAAGAGACAAGAUCCAUACAGCUUCCUGUAACUCAUCUUUUUUCCUUUGGAUUGUCUUCAAGGAAAGUGAUAUUAAAUACAAGUGGUCUGUUCUAUAAUAUAGAGCUUCUGAACUUUGGACAGAUAUACCAAGCUUUUAAAAUCAACGUGGUAAGCAAGUGCUCAGGAGCCAAAGAAGAAAUCACUAGUAUCUAUAAACUUCAUAUUCCCUGGUCUUAUGAAGAUUCACUAACCAUUGCACAGGUUCCAUCUUCCACUGAUAUUUCUGUGAAACUCCAUAUUGCCCAACCUGAUAAUGAUAGCCAUGUAGCAUUACUAAAAAUGUACACGUCAUCAGACUGUCAAUAUGAGGUGACAGUUAAGACUUCCUUUUCACAAAUACUUGGACAGGUAGUUAGAUUUCAUGGUGGAGCGCUUCCUGCUUAUGUCAUAUCUAGUAUCCUUCUUGCUUAUGGAGGACAGUUAUACUCUCUUUUCUCAACAGGUCAUUGUUUAGAAUAUGCUGCUAUGUUGGAUAAAGAAGCCAAACCAUACAAAGUUGAUCCUUUUGUAAUUAUGGUUAAGUUUCUGUUGGGAUAUAAAUGGUUUAAAGAAUUAUGGGAUAUGUUACUGUUACCAGAAUUAGAUGCCAUCGUUUUAACUAGUCAGAGUAUGUGUUUCCCCCUUGUAUCUUUGAUUCUUUUUCUGUUUGGAACAUGUACUGCCUACUGGGGUGGCCUACUCUCUUCUACAUCUGUGAGACUUCUUUCUUCAUUGUGGCUAGCUUUGAAAAGGCCCUCUGAACUUCCUAAAGAUAUCAAGAUAAUAUCACCAGACUUGCCCAUUUUGACAACUGUUUUGAUCCUCAUUAGCUGGACAACUUGUGGCGCCUUUGCCAUACUUCUUACUUAUCUUUACUAUGUGUUUAAGAUUGUUCAUCUGCAAGCCAGCCUAACAACUUUUAAAAACAGCCAGACUGUGAAUCCCAAACACUCGAGAAGAAGUGAAAAAAAAUCCAAUCACCAUAAAGACUCUGCAGUACACCAUCUCCGUUUAUCUGCCAGUGAUGCUGAAGAUAGUCUUUGCAUGCACAGUACUUUGAUUAACUUAUUAACAUGGAUUGUAUUACUCAGCAUGCCAUCUUUAAUUUAUUGGCUAAAGAAUCUUAGGUAUUACUUUAAACUUAAUCCUGAUCCAUGCAAACCUUUGGCAUUUUUCCUUAUUCCAACCAUGGCAGUUCUUGGAAAUACUUACACUACUUCAAUAAAGUCAAGUAAAUUAUUGAAGACUACUUCACAGUUUCCACUUCCUCUGGCUGUUGGUGUGAUUGCUUUUGGGUCAUCACACUUAUACAGGGUUCCAUGUUUUGUCUUCAUUCCUCUUUUACUCCAUGCAUUAUGCAACUUUAUGUAA